AGUCGCGAACUCGGAUGCGGCCAGUCGCCCGUCCCUAUGCUCCCUAGACCAUGUCCCAUGCCCUCCUCCUCCGCCUCUUCCUCUCCCCCUCCUUCUUCAGCGUCCACGUCGCCCUCCAGUAUCUCAGGAUCUAUGCGGACAACAUCGGCGUCACGUACUACCUCACAAGGAGACUUCGGGAGCUAGACACCAGAGAAUUGCGCGAAGUAUGGGGCUUCAUAUGCCACCUUCUAGUGACGAGACCGUCCAAGUCAAGAGCAUUGGAAUGCUUCGUUGUCGAGACUUGCCACAAGUCUACCCAUAUUGCCAUGCUGACACUAUGGUACAUGCAAGCACACUUGAGAGACCUCGCAUCCCCCCAAACCAAUCCUCAGGCAUUCCUCAUCUGCCAGAGAGUUUUGCAUCAAUGCCACGAACUUAUAUUUGGCGACAUUCCCCAGUCAAGUGCACCGUACUCGUCCAUUAGCUUGCCAACGCAAUUGGGUCCCUUGCGGACGAAAGUACGCCCUCACUUGCAGCCCGCUGUAGUUGGUAUUGGCAUGGUCUGGGCCGGGAUCCCAGCCAUGCCAGCACUAACACAAAUCAUGGGUGAAGUUGCCAUAGAGCAGGGCCGAAUAGAUGAGGAAGGCCGAGGGGUCAAGAGCCUCGAGAAUGCUGACGAUGAUGUCGUCCGCGGUGUCUCGCGAGAACCGUCAAUAGACCAGACAGACGAGAAGGAAGAGCCGCAGGACUCGGACUCGGACGAUGGCAUUGAGCCAGCUCCCCAGAUGGCCCCCGCUCCACGCCCCGCGCCGGGACACCUGAGGUUCCUCGCGAGGGAGAGUUCCCACCCGUCCAGGCGACAAACUAUUGCUGCACAGACGAGCCCUGCCCUGCCUCUCCUGAAAGGUAUUCGUCCGUACAGGCUCUCGGAAGAUCCGUUUGGUCAACAAGAAGACAACGAUAUGCCUCCGACCGCCACGACACCCUUCCAGUCAACACCGACCCUUUCUAGCAGUCGACGACGCACCAAAACACUUAGCGUUCACGCGGCGGACUUGGUGGGGAAGUACGACUUCCCCUCGCAAGUCCACCUCCUCCGCAGCCAUUACUGUCGUUCUGAGGUGAAGUUCAUCCUUGCCCUCGAGAACAUCUGCAACCGAUUGCUCGUCGUGCCCAAACCCGCUCGCAUCAGUGCGCUAAGGGCAGAGUUGACUGGCAUGAACCACAUGCUGCCCACUGAGGUCUGCAUGCCCAUGUGGUGCACUUCAUCAGACACCCCGACAGGAUCUCGCGGCAUCCCACAACCGCAUCAUCGUAUCGUUCGAAUACCACCAGGAGAAAGCGUGGUGCUCAACUCAGCAGAACGCGCGCCAUAUCUCUUACUCAUUGAGAUUCUCCAUGACGACCUUGACUUUGAUCCCGCCAAGCGAGGUAACAAGGAGAUCCUGAAGAAGAUCGUUCUGAAGGAAGUCGAGAAGGAGGGUUCCUCGAAAGACUUGGAUGCUUUCACCGGACGCGUGCCCAUCCCUCGUCAUUCAAGGACGGCAUCAGGCGCAGACAACAGCGCACCAGAGGCGUCCAUCGGCAAUGACACCGAGGACUACCGGAAUACCCCCGCAAUCACCAUCUCUGCCUUCCCCAUUUCUCCUCUGAGCCCUGGGACCAUCGACGACGACGAAGAAGUCGAUCUAGUCGAGCAGCUGUACGGCACCAACAAUGCCCUCCGUGCGAGGGAAGUCGAUCUCUCUGAGUCCAUCGUGCUCCCGCCCACUCCCAAGAACAGAGACCUCGAUAUUGUCACCUGGUCCCGCUCGUCCUCGACGCCGCAGACACCCAUGAUCGAGACUGCCCCGACGACAUCCAACCAUACCCCGUCACACAGCCUAUCCGGUAUUUCUCGUCGUGCGCUAGGACUGGGUCUCCUGCCUGAGCCUCCCGCCGACAUCAGCCCCAGUGGAUCCCCACGUAUGCUCUCCCUGGACGAAUACUCUGAGCGCAUGCGCACCGCGGCGGUCAUGCUUGCCCAGCUGAAUGCAAGUAUGGUCCGCGAGUCCACGCUGCCCCUCCCCGUGCCCCCUACGCCCUCCCUCGACUCGUCAACCUUCACCGCGCCCCUCCGGUGGAUCGCGAGCACGCCCAUCCUGAGCGUCAUGCCCGGCCCCUCCUGGAGCGGCGAAGAGGUUCAGACGCCGGUACCGCAGACCCCCGCGCCGAUGCCAAUGAAGCUGCAACCGAGCGAGGCAGCUGCGAUCCGCGAGCGGAUCAUGAGUGAGAUGCUCGCGCUGGAGGAGGAGCGGAUGGCGAGGAUGCGAGAAGGCGGCGUGGGGGAGAGCAUGUUGAAGAUAGGCGACGGGGAGAGUGUGAAGUCCGUGGAAGAUGAGCGGAUUAUCAGAAGAGAGUUGAGUAAGGCAGACCCUUCUGCUGUGGUGUUUAGUGAGUCUUGGGCGGCGAAGAAGAGUCGGAUACGACAGGCUUCACCGUACGGACAUCUGGCCAAUUGGGACUGUGUCGCUGUCAUCGUCAAGACUGGCGGUGACUUGCGACAAGAGCAGCUCGCGGUUCAACUCAUUCAGGAAUUCGAGAAGAUAUGGAAGGAGGAGAACUGCCCCUGCUGGGUGCGAUACUUCCGUAUCUUGAUAACCGGUAGCACGUCAGGGUUGGUGGAGACUAUCACUGACGCUGUGUCGAUACACUCGAUCAAGAAGGCGGAGUAUGCACGGAGGCUUACAUUGGGACGGCUAGGACAUGUCAGCCUGUUUGAUCACUUCAGAUCGACGUAUGGUGACCCUUCGUCAGCGAAGUUCGUAAGGGCACAACGCAAUUUUGCAAAGUCAUUAGCUGGUUAUUCCCUGGUCACCUAUUUAUUGCAGAUCAAGGACCGGCACAACGGGAACAUACUCCUCGACCGUGACGGCCACCUCAUCCAUAUCGACUUCGGGUUCAUGCUCUCGAACUCACCAGGGAACAUCGGCUUCGAGGCCGCUCCGUUCAAACUUCCGCUCGAGUACAUCGAGGUGCUGGGCGGGCUCAACAGCGGACCGUAUAUGGAGUUCAAGCGGUCAUUCAAAGACGGCUUUGAUGCGGCACGGAAGCAUUGCGACCGGAUCGUCAAUAUGGUUGAGCUGAUGCAAAAAGACUCAUCCUUGCCCUGCUUCGCCGCGCUUGGCGAGCAAACUGCGGCACAAUUACGGGAGCGAUUCCAACAAGGCUUGACACAGGCCUCUGUAGAAGAGCAUGUGAACAGGCUCAUUGAGACGUCUCUGGGUUCUAACUGGACGCGUUUAUACGAUUCGUACCAGUACUACUCGCAAUCCAUCUUGUAAGAUAUGGCUGCGAGCCUGCUUUGCGUUGCCAAGGUGUGCCAACAGGCUACGUCAUCAAAGGCAUCGGACGAUUACCAGUCAGUUCUGUCACGUCAGUCAGACUGCAGGCUUGCAGGCUUCAUGCGUCUGUUUGUCGGAUUUGCUAGUGUUCAACGCACCAUUGUGUAACUGACUGUAUCAUGAGUCUUGAGCAAACAUCAAGCUCCGCGGCAAAUCGAGUCUAGUGUAUGAUAUGAUGGAGCAGCAGCACGACUCGUAGCGUAAGAAGUCAUCCGGAUGUUCAACGUACGUUCAA